AUGUUGGAAAAUGCAAAUGUAUGUGCGAGGAUAAAAUUAGAUUUAGAUUUAGAUUUAGAUUUAGAUUUAGAUUUAGAUUUAGAUUUAGAUUUAGAUUUAGAUUUAGAUUUAGAUUUUAGAUUUAGAUUUAGAUUUAGAUUUAGAUUUAGAUUUAGAUUUAGAUUUAGAUUUAGAUUUAGAUUUAGAUUUAGAUUUAGAUUUAGAUUUAGAUUUAGAUUUAGAUUUAGAUUUAGAUUUAGAUUUAGAUUUAGAUUUAGAUUUAGAUUUAGAUUUAGAUUUAGAUUUAGAUUUAGAUUUAGAUUUAGAUUUAGAUUUAGAUUUAGAUUUAGAUUUAGAUUAGAUUUAGAUUUAGAUUUAGAUUUAGAUUUAGAUUUAGAUUUAGAUUUAGAUUUAGAUUUAGAUUUAGAUUUAGAUUUAGAUUUAGAUUUAGAUUUUAGAUUUAGAUUUAGAUUUAGAUUUAGAUUUAGAUUUAGAUUUAGAUUUAGAUUUAGAUUUAGAUUUAGAUUUAGAUUUAGAUUUAGAUUUAGAUUUAGAUUUAGAUUUAGAUUUAGAUUUAGAUUUAGAUUUAGAUUUAGAUUUAGAUUUAGAUUUAGAUUUAGAUUUAGAUUUAGAUUUAGAUUUAGAUUUAGAUUUAGAUUAGAUUUAGAUUUAGAUUUAGAUUUAGAUUUAGAUUUAGAUUUAGAUUUAGAUUUAGAUUUAGAUUUAGAUUUAGAUUUAGAUUUAGAUUUAGAUUUAGAUUUAGAUUUAGAUUUAGAUUUAGAUUUAGAUUUAGAUUUAGAUUUAGAUUUAGAUUUAGAUUUAGAUUUAGAUUUAGAUUUAGAUUUAGAUUUAGAUUUAGAUUUAGAUUUAGAUUUAGAUUUAGAUUUAGAUUUAGAUUUAGAUUUAGAUUUAGAUUUAGAUUUAGAUUUAGAUUUAGAUUUAGAUUUAGAUUUAGAUUUAGAUUUAGAUUUAGAUUUAGAUUUAGAUUUAGAUUUAGAUUUAGAUUUAGAUUUAGAUUUAGAUUUAGAUUUAGAUUUAGAUUUAGAUUUAGAUUUAGAUUUAGAUUUAGAUUUAGAUUUAGAUUUAGAUUUAGAUUUAGAUUUAGAUUUAGAUUUAGAUUUAGAUUUAGAUUUAGAUUUAGAUUUAGAUUUAGAUUUAGAUUUAGAUUUAGAUUUAGAUUUAGAUUUAGAUUUAGAUUUAGAUUUAGAUUUAGAUUUAGAUUUAGAUUUAGAUUUAGAUUUAGAUUUAGAUUUAGAUUUAGAUUUAGAUUUAGAUUUAGAUUUAGAUUUAGAUUUAGAUUUAGAUUUAGAUUUAGAUUUAGAUUUAGAUUUAGAUUUAGAUUUAGAUUUAGAUUUAGAUUUAGAUUUAGAUUUAGAUUUAGAUUUAGAUUUAGAUUUAGAUUUAGAUUUAGAUUUAGAUUUAGAUUUAGAUUUAGAUUUAGAUUUAGAUUUAGAUUUAGAUUUAGAUUUAGAUUUAGAUUUAGAUUUAGAUUUAGAUUUAGAUUUAGAUUUAGAUUUAGAUUUAGAUUUAGAUUUAGAUUUAGAUUUAGAUUUAGAUUUAGAUUUAGAUUUAGAUUUAGAUUUAGAUUUAGAUUUAGAUUUAGAUUUAGAUUUAGAUUUAGAUUUAGAUUUAGAUUUUAGAUUUAGAUUUAGAUUUAGAUUUAGAUUUAGAUUUAGAUUUAGAUUUAGAUUUAGAUUUAGAUUUAGAUUUAGAUUUAGAUUUAGAUUUAGAUUUAGAUUUAGAUUUAGAUUUAGAUUUAGAUUUAGAUUUAGAUUUAGAUUUAGAUUUAGAUUUAGAUUUAGAUUUAGAUUUAGAUUUAGAUUUAGAUUUAGAUUUAGAUUUAGAUUUAGAUUUAGAUUUAGAUUUAGAUUUAGAUUUAGAUUUAGAUUUAGAUUUAGAUUUAGAUUUAGAUUUAGAUUUAGAUUUAGAUUUAGAUUUAGAUUUAGAUUUAGAUUUAGAUUUAGAUUUAGAUUUAGAUUUAGAUUUAGAUUUAGAUUUAGAUUUAGAUUUAGAUUUAGAUUUAGAUUUAGAUUAGAUUUAGAUUUAGAUUAG